AUGGCCACACCAACCGAGUCCCAGAUCCUCACAAACUACCUCCUCCUCCCCGCCGACCUCCGCUCCGUCAUCACCCCCGACAAGUUCGCCGCCCUCUUCCCCGCGCCCUCCAGGCCUCCCCUAACGUCCAGCCGAGACCAAGCGCGGGUACCGCCUGCGCAACGAGGUGGCCAAGGCUCGGAGGAGGGAGAGGAAGGGAACGGGGAGAUUGAUGACGAGAUUGAGAUUGAGAGAGCGCUCUUUGGCGCAUCGACAGACGCUGUCAACUCGAGGCAUACCCUCUCCUCCAUCGUGCCCGAGCUCAACGCCGCCGUAGCCGACCUCGAAUCCCAGAUCAAGGCUCUCGAAGACGAGGAACGAGCCACCAUUGCCUCGCUCCAAAAACGGUCGGGACCAUGA